AUGGCGUCGUUUCCUCAAGAUAAUCGGACAUACCAGAUCCUGGACGCCGCGGCAAAGGGCGGAUAUUCCGUCGGCGCGUACAAUUGUUACAAUGACGAUGGUGUCAUAUCGGUGAUUCGUGCAGCCGAGGCUGUGAGGUCGCCGGCGAUCAUCCAGCUGUUCCCCUGGACCGUCAAGUUCCAGGGGCCUCACUUUGUCAAAUAUGUGGUUGAAGCCGCACAUGCGGCCAGCGUGCCCAUUGCGGUACAUCUAGACCACUGCAUCGAGCAAGCAGACAUCAAGGAGGCCCUGGAGCUGCCCUUUGACUCCAUUAUGGUUGACGCGUCUGUACAUGAUGCCGGUGAAAACAUACGCCAGGUGAAGAAGAUUACACAGAUCGCCAAUGAAAGAGGUAUCGCCAUCGAGGCUGAGAUGGGGCGCAUCGAAGGCGGCGAAGAUGGGCUACCCAACGUCGAUCUCGAUGCAGUUCUAACUCAGCCGGCGGAUGCAAAGAAAUUCAUCGAUGAGACUGGCGUGCAGUUCCUAGCACCUUCUUUUGGAAACGUCCACGGCGGCUACGGUCCGGGAGGCCCAGAGGUCAUUUGGAGAUGUGAUCUACUCGAUGAAAUACACCAGACCAUCCCGGACGUUCCCUUGGUCCUUCACGGAACACAUGGCGUCUCCGACGAGUUAUUCCGCAAGACUAGGCAGUACGGUGUCCUGAAGGUCAAUGUGAACCGCACGGUCCGGGAUAACUACACGAAGUUUGUAGCCGAGAACGCCGGAAAGCUUGAGUUGACGACACUCAAGGUACGCGCUGUUGAGGUCUACACGAACUCGAUCAAACGGGUCAUGAUCGAUGUCUUCGAUUCAGCGGGCAAGGCAUAA